UUUGAUCAAUUCAAAUAUGAGUUAAGGCAGGAUCACAAGAUUUUUUAGUAUGAUAUAAGGAUUACCGUAUAAUGGUAGAGUACCAUAAUUGGUAUUUCCUUAAGAUUUUAAUUCUUUCAUAUAUUUUUUAAAUUGGUGGGAGUUUUACUAAUCGUUUAGAAAAGGUAAAUUAUUUUAGUUGUUCUUUGUAAGAGCAACUCAGAGAGAGACCUCACAAUUCAAAUCAUGAAAAGGUUGGGAUCCAACUAAAAAUCUUUGUAUAGAUAUUCAUGUAUGCAUCAACCAUCACCUAAAACCAAUAGAGAAAAGACUCCCUUUGUAUGUCCCAACUGUAAAUUCGGACUUAGACAUUACAAAUUCCAACACCAACACAACCUCUCUCACAACUCCUCAUGGCUCCAUCCAUCCAAGAGCUCCAUUUCCCCCCCUUAAACAUCCCUAUAACCAUAGACCACAUCUACCUUGUCGAGCCGGCGGGCCCAAUCCCAGCUAUGACCGGGGACCACCUUUAUCUAUCCAACCUCGACGACGCCAUCGGCGCCCAUGUCUUGACCCCAACCGUCUAUUUCUAUCGGAUGAACAGUCCUGAUCGUAGGCCCGUCACGAAGACAAUUCGUGAUGCACUUGCACAUGUAUUAGUGCCUUACUACCCAUUUUCAGGUAGGCUUAGGGAGACCAAAAAUGGGAAAUUGGAAGUGUUCUUUGGGCCUGAACAAGGUGUGUUGAUGGUCGAAGCGAAUUCGGAAAUGGCGAUCGAUGAUCUCGGAGGCCUUGUGGCCCCAAAUCCUGCAUGGGCCCCACUAGUCUACCAUUUCCCUGAUGAGGGCCCAUACAAGAUAGUCGACAUGCCACUAUUAAUAGCCCAACUGACCAACUUCAGCUGUGGUGGUUUCAGCCUCGGUUUGCGCCUCUGCCAUUGCAUUUGUGAUGGGAUCGGUGCAAUGCAGUUCGUUGAUGCAUGGGCCACAAUGGCACGUCUGGGGCCCACCGUUAUAACAGAGCCAUGUUGGGACCGAGAAUAUUUCCAGCCAAGGGUCCCACCAAUGGUGAAAUUCCCACACGUUGAGUUCGCUAGGAUCGACGAUGGCUCGAACCUUAGCUCAAACCUGGGUCGAGCCAACCUGGUCCAGAAAUGUUACCGUGUGAGCCAACCAUUCCAAGCCCAGCUCAAGCAGCUAUCUCAGUCCAACGGCGAGGAUACUUGCACUACGUUCGACGCCGUAGCAGCACAUGUGUGGAGGUGUUGGGUGAAGGCGCUCGAUAUCCGUCCUCUGGAUUAUGAUCUACGGCUGACGUUCGCCGUCAAUGUCCGUCCUAAACUGAUAGAUCCACCGUUGAAAGAUGGUUUUUAUGGAAAUGCAGUAUGUGUAGCAUGUGCUACGAGCACGGUGGGCCAGCUUGUUGAUGGGCAAAUCUCCGCCGUUGGUCGAUUAGUCCGUGAGGCCCGUCUUGGUAUGUCAGAAGAGUAUGUGCGGUCCACGAUCGAUUACAUCGAGGUGGAUCGGCCUACACGGCUCGAGUUCGCUGGGAAGCUGACGAUCACGCAGUGGACCCGGUUCUCUAUCUAUGAGUCGUCGGAUUUCGGGUACGGCCGGCCCGUUUACGCAGGCCCGAUUGAUUUGAAGCCCACACCACAGAUGUGUGUGUUCUUGCCAGAUGGUGGGCCAUCUCCAGAUGGGUCAAUGAUCUUGUGGAUUUGCUUGCCUGAAUCUGCUGCUUCUAAAUUCAGGGAGUGUUUGUUUGAAGUGGAGAAAAGGUUGUAAUUAGUGAAGUAGUACCAUGCUCUUGGUACAGCUUAGGGUGUACUGAAAUAACAAUGGCAACUAUUAUAU